CACCACGCGUGCUCCGCGGCCAACAUGGAGAGCGAGGCGGCGGCCGGCGGCGGCGGCUUCACCAGCGUGCUGUCCCGGCGGAGCCGCAGGAAGCGGCGGGCGGGCGGCCAGGAGGCGGCGGCGGGAGCUGCCAUGGACACGGCGGAGGCGCGGCCCAGCAAGCGGCCGGCGUUCCCGCCCGUGGCCGCCGAGGCGCUCGGGGUUGGGAAGGGCGAGCUGAGGAAGAUCCCUGUGCCGGCCAACAGGUACACGCCGCUUAAGGAGAACUGGAUGAAGAUAUUCACGCCCAUCGUGGAGCAUCUGCAGCUUCAGAUCAGGUUCAACUUGAAGACGAGAAAUGUUGAGAUCAAGACUUGUCAAGAGACAAAGGAUCUCAGUGCUCUGACGAAAGCAGCUGAUUUUGUGAAAGCCUUUAUACUUGGAUUUCAAGUAGAGGAUGCCCUUGCUCUCAUCAGAUUAGAUGAUCUUUUUCUAGAGACAUUUGAAGUUACAGACGUCAAACCUUUAAAAGGAGAUCAUCUGUCAAGAGCAAUAGGGAGAAUAGCAGGGAAAGGUGGAAAAACCAAAUUCACCAUAGAAAAUGUGACCAGGACACGCAUCGUUCUUGCUGACACAAAAAUUCAUAUUUUGGGAUCUUUUCAGAAUAUUAAAAUGGCACGAACAGCAAUUUGCAAUCUAAUUUUAGGAAGUCCUCCAUCCAAAGUUUAUGGCAAUAUUAGGGCAGUGGCCAGCAGAACAGCCGAGAGGUUCUGAGCUGCACCAGCAAGGACUGGGGCUGGAAGCCCAGGAGAAGCUAAGAGCUACAGAAGCCAUGAGGUUUCUGCUGGAUUUGGAAGCCCAGAAGAAAACCACAACUGUUUGUGCACUCUGACUGACUUUGGAUAUGUUGGUCUGAUUUGAACAGACCUAAUGUUUCUGUCUAGUCAUUAAAAGGGGUUUUAAAUUGUCUAUAUCAAAAGUCCAUGAUUUUACUUGAACAGCCUCAAACAAAAACCUGCUUCAUUACAGAUUUUCUGACUAUCAGACUUAAGAGGCUACUUCUUCAGAAAGUCUUGGUGUUUGAUGUUUUGAGCCUAAAGGAAUUGGCAGAGUUAAGCAUUUAUAAGCACACAUCAUGGUUUAGUAUCUUCCUGAAAGGAGGAGUCAGCUGGAAUCCAGAGUUCAGUGGUGGGCUGUCCACUGAGUCUGUGCUGCUGCUGGAACAAUGCAUCAUGUGAAAAGAGUAAGAUGAAGGGGUAAAUAACAUAUUUAAACUGAAUCCUGAAUCUGCACACAUAUAGAUUUCUUAAUUCCUAAAAAUGUUCUGCAAGGACAGCCUAGUGAAGCCAAGAGCCACCAGGUGAAGUACUUUCCAGUGUACCAGCGCACCAACAACUGUAAGAUCCUCUGUGUCUCCUUAAAAUGUUAUAUAAGUAGCAUAAUGCAACAGAAAUAUGGGGAGAAAUUAGAGUGCCCAGUCCCAGCAUGAUUUAAUAAUGGACCCUCUUCUAAACCUGCCAGGCAAGCUUCUGCAAAGUGUCUUGCAAAAUAAAUCAGUUCAGGUUUGGGAGUGAAAACAAACUGAAAUAUGAUUAUCAAACACACAAGCAAAUUGAGUAAGCAUUUAGGUCAAUAUCCAGGUUUCCAGAAUAGUGCUUCACAGUAUGGGAUUAUCACUACAGCCAAACUGAUUGGAGCCUUCAGUUGUGAAUAGAUUUAAGACCUGCUGGAGUUACCUCAGGACACACAGUUUAGCAGUCUGAGCGAUACAGGGGACAUUGUGUGCAUUCUGAGCAGCUCCAGGCACAUGUACCUGCUUACUACAUUUUCUGUUCCUUGCCUGCUUUAUGUCAUUUAUUUCAAUUAGCUUGGAAGACAACGGAGUGAGUCAAGAGCACACAAAACUGAUGUUUAUCCUAAAUUAGGUACAUACCAACACUGACCCGAAGCAGCAGAAGGGAGAGGGCAGCACACAGAAGGUCCAAACACCUGCAACCCAAAGAGCACAGCACAGAGCUGCUGUGAAGGGCACACCUGUGCAAGGAGGGCUGGUAUCAUCAAUACAAAGCUCAGACAUUUCCUGAGACAUGAACUGCCUUUUAUUCUCCACCUACAUUAAUGUUAGGGGGGGUUGGUUUGUUUUUUAAAACCACUUUAAAACAGGGAUUUCAAAUGAAGUAGGUUAUCCACUUGGAAUGUUUAGCAAAGAGAACCAGAUGUGCCAUUAAACAACCUCAACAUGUCUUGAACUGCUGAAAUGAGCCCUGAAUGUUUUCAGCAGACUGCACCCUGUGGAGUUUUUCAGUAAAUCUUAAUAAUCAAGGAGUGGACAAAAAAAUAUGAACAAGUUUUCUUCAGAGCAAGGUGCAGAGCUGCUUUAAGGUGAACAGGAAAGGUACUGAGCACCCCAGCUAAGGUUCAAAUAUUUUAUUUUGUAUUCAUACAGUAUGAAGGUUCUUAUAGUUCCCACAAUAUAUGAUGUAGCAUGCAGAGGAAGAACUAAACAUUCAACAUAAAUCAUUUUUCCCCACACAAACUGAAAAAAAAAAAACUCAUCCCUCCCCUUCCAGUCCCCCUAAGGAAAUAACAUUAGCACUAAUUUCUAUAAUGCCAGCCAAGAUAUGCACAAGCAAGAAAAACUGAAAGCAUUUGCUAAAAUGUUUGUAACAAAUACUUAUGUACAAAAAAUUCACAAAAGACUAAUUCCCCCCCUGAAGCAGAGCACAUGGCAGUUGACACUGGAACAGAUACAACCACUGGCUGGGAUUAUAAACCACGUACUGAUCCAGAAGAAGAAAAAAGUUACAUGUAGUGGAGAUUUUUGUUUUGAACAUUAACAUUUACCAAAGUUUGGCAACAUUAUAUUUUUAAUUAUGCAAAUUAUGUAAACAAGAGGAACAUUUCAAAUCGAUCUACAUGCAAAACUUCAUGUCAUGCAAGGACACUAAGCACCUGGAUUUCUCUCUCACAGACAGAGCCCAUGAUGUGCAGCACUCAGUUGAAGGAACAGCUAUGGCAGACAGGUGCUCGAUUGAAGAGGUUCAGACAACCUGCACUUCUCACUGCUCAUUAUAAAACAAUUUUUUUUUAAAUAGAAAAACUACUAUACAGGAAAGAUGUACUGUCCUAAAAAAUCUAGCAAAUGUUUUUCUUCCAGCCAAUAGUACCACUGCAGAAAAGGGAAGGGAUGAUAUAAAGUUGUAAAACAUGGCUCGCUACUUUUAUAUCACACAAACAGAUCAAGUUACCUUCCAUUACAAAUUAUGAUAUGGACAAAUCUAGAAAAGAAAAAAAAUUCUCCAGGAAAAGGACUGGAGAACUGCAAGAGGUAUAAAUUUAGAUAGUGUGAAGUUUUCCUCCUCUAUGGCAUAGGUUAACAAGAUUCCCCCCCUGUAUGAAUCAUAUAUACAUAUAUAUAUAAAAUAUUACCAGUUAUUUAGCUACCUGUAGUAUUUUUUAAAUGCAAGGGGGAAAACUAUCAUGGGUGAAACAACAGAAUUUAAGUGGCAAGAAUAUUUUAUAAUCUAAGUACUGUAUAAAAUAAGUAGAUGGGAGUCCUGCACAGUUAUUUUGAUCCUAAUUUCAUUAAGCUAAGCACAAGAGAAAAUCAUAUAUGCAUCUAUCACCUUAAGCAGCUGUAUCUAAAUUGAACCCAGAACAGCAGAGUUGUCUUGGCUUCAGGACAGCUGCAGCUGCUCCCAAUUCCUGGGUGACGGAAUCUAACAGCCAUCAAAGCAUUCCGCAGUCACUAUAUGCACACGAGGACUAGUUCUUGGCAGUAGCAUUAAACUAUAUUCUCAUAUUAAGUAGAACUGUACUAAGUUAUUUAGCAAAGAGACACAGUCCCUGGUAAUAUAUUAACAGGUAUAAAUAAACUUAGUCUCCCGUGUUACAAAAAAAAAA